UAUUGCAUUUUACUCAAAGAUGGAUUGGAGAGAGCAGGAGAUAGAUACAGUGUAUAGGGGAAAUUAUAGAUACACAAAAAAAGGAGAAAAACAAAAACCCCAUGUGAAACUGAUUGAUGUUUUAAUUAGAUCUACAUCAAAUCAUGGUAAACCCUAGAAGAAAUUCAUAUCCACACAACAAUGAAAUCCCAAUUUACACAACCGAAAUCAAUCACAACAACACUUUUUUCCAAUCACAAACCCUAAUUUCAAGAUUCAAACUUUUCUUGAAAAAGCCACAAUCUUUCCCUUUUCUACUAUCAAUGUUCCUAAUUCUCACAUGGGGUUUCCUUAGAAUCCAUCAAAACUCACUAAAGUCAAUCAAAUUCUCAAUCUUGAAUGUUGACCAAGAUCAUGAAGCCAAUUUAAUCAGAUUCCCAUCUGGGUUUCCUUCACAAAUCAGUAAAGAUACAAGAGGUUGGAUGUUAGACCCUGUUUCUAUUGCAUUACAAUCUGGGAUUUCAGGGGGUGCAUUGGUUUGUACUUCAAUUCAUGUUGGUGAGAUUAGGCCAGGUGGAUUAAGGGGAAACCAUAGACACCAUACUUGUAAUGAGACUAUCUUGAUUUGGGGAGCUCGAACGAUGUUUCGGAUGGAGAAUAGGUUGGUUGAAAAGGGUUAUGCUCAAGUGAUGUUAUCGGCUGAUGAUGUGGCUGUCGCCAUUAGUCCGGCUGGUACUGCUCAUGCUUUAGUUAAUAUGGAUUCGACACGAAGUAGUUUUAUAAUAGGUUGUCAAGAUAGUGUGAUUAGUUAUAAUAAUUCUAGUUCUGAUUUUGGAGUCUGGGAGGAUCUUAAGUUAUAGGUUUGGUUGUUUUAUUGUUGUCAUGUGUAGAUUUUGUACGGUGGUUUAUGUGAAGAAUAUUUACGAAGUUCUAUUUGAUUAUAAUGUUGUUUUCUAAUAGAAAGAUAAAGUUAGUAACAA